AACUUUUAUUUUUGAUAUUAAUUUCAUCAUUCCGUUAACAGAAAUGACAGGGGAAACAUUAAAAUAUCAAAGAAUCAAUCUUUUAUUUUUUUAACUAAUGAUGUGGAAAAAAUAUAAGACUUUUGAAUGAUUUGGCAUUUUUAAUCUUUUGCACAUCAAUAUGAAAAAAAAAAAGAAAGGGAAAAAGAAAAAGAAAAUGAUCAUCUUCUUCUUGUUUCUCAAGGCUUUGUUCCCAUUGAAAUCCCUUUGGAAACAACCUGAAAGUCUAAAACUCUUCUCGAUGCUUCUCUCCUUUUCCUUUCCACCUCUGAGUGAAGCCGCGACAGUUGAUCUCCAGCAUCGGAUCCUCAUGGUUCAAGGUGGUUCAGUCACCGACACUUGAAUCUAUUUCUUGUUGAUCUCUAGCUGUUUGUUCUUGAUUUCGGUUGCAUUCAGUCUAAGUCUGGUGUUAGCUGGUCGAGAACAAGGCUCCGAUCAUUUCUACUCAACCUCUGUAACUCCGAUCUCCCUCUCUCCUUUGGUAAUCAUUCUAAAAACUUAGAAUUUCUUAAAUCAAUUUGAUAAUUAAAGAUUUUACACUUGAUUGAUCAUGAAAUUGAUUUUUUUUUUUUUGAGAAAAUAGGGAAAAGUGCAAUUCAAAUUCCAGAAGUUAGUGUUCGCUAUUAGAUCUAACUUUAUGGCUUUUUGAGAUCUUUUAUAUGAAAUGAAAUUUUUUAGCUGGAUAUAUAUACUCAUAUUUUCUACCCUUUUUUUUUCAUAAAUUUAACCAUUAAAAUUUCCAUUUUUGAUGAAAUUUAUUUUUGUUUGAUGGAAAUUUCUACCCAAAAGGACUUCUCAUCUUCUUCCAAGCCUCAUGAUGCUCUAGGUUCCUUUCUUCAGUCGUAUCCAUAUCCAUUUCUCAAUUCAUAUGAGCUCCUUUUCUUUUUUUCUUUUUCUUUUUUUCAUUUCUUGAAUUUUUCAACGGAUUUUAAUGGAUAAGGAAGCGAAGAACUCUAUUUUGGUUUCUUUUGUCAUCAUAUAUCUUCUUCUUCAUUUUUGUUUUGUUAGUGUUGUGCCUCAUUUCUUUUAGGGUUUGUAGAGGUAAGGGAAAACCAAAGGCCAAAGGGAGAAGGAAAAGGGAAGUGAAAUAGGAAGAAGAUGAUCAUUUUCAUCAUAUGAUUUUCUUUUCUUUUCUUUUCUUUUUUUUUUUUCAUUUCUUGAAUUUUUCAAUGGAUUUGAAUGGGUAAGGAAGUGAAGAACUCUAUUUUGGUUUCUUUUGUCAUCAUAUAUCUUCUUCUUCGUUUUUGUUUUGUUAGUGUUGUGCCUCAUUUCUUUUAGGGUUUGCAGAGGUAAGGGAAAACCAAAGGCCAAAGGGAGAAGGAAA